AUGCAAUCAACCUACGAUCGUAUGCAAUUGAGUUCUAACUACCAAUUAUAUAGGCCAAAAGUAUCCUCUACCCAAAUUACGAUUAAAAUAAUUCUGUUUAACGAACUAGUCAUUUUUACAAGGUACGCUAGAUUAGAGUCGAGAGCAGAAUUUUGUUGACAGUGGACAACCACAGUGAAAAAUAUUUAAAGUAAAAAAAAGUGCUCCCGGACCGGAAAACCGGCUGAAAUAUCGCUGUGUCCUGUUCGUGGAAAGCCCAGCAUCCGGUACACGAUGGACGUUUGUCGGACGUGUAUGAACGCCAACCGGGACGAGUUCCAUCAGCAGCUCGUUCCGAUCUACUCCAAGCUGGACGAUGCCUUCAUAGCGAACAUCAUCAUGGAGUGCACCGCCAUCCAGAUCCACGAGAACGACGGAAUGCCAUCCUACGUUUGUGCCGGGUGCGUAGAAACGUUGAAGUUGUUGGUCAGUUUUGUGAAGACCGCUCGCGACUGUGAUCGCCACCUGCGCAAGAUCUUCAAGCCGGAAUCAACCUCCGGCGGUAUCCCAGCAAGUGACAACACCACGAACGAAGCUGUGGCAAUGGUAAACGAAACCGACGUGUUUCAGUUCACGGAAGUGAAGGUCGAACCAAUUGAAGGAAUGGUUGAGGAAGCUGUGGAAACUUCGUUUCAAGAAGAGAGCGGAGAUGAACCGGAGAGUGACUACGACGAGUCUCAAAGCUCCGAUGGUGAUAGUGAGAGCGAAAGUGAUGAUGAGCCGGAAGAAGUGGCUCCGAAAAAGCGUGGUCGGAAGCCUAGGCCGAAACCUGCAAAUACGGAUGAUAAGCCAUUGCUCAACAAACGAAGUAUUAAGCGAGAUGAAAAUCUAGAAAUGAACGAACACGAGCUUGACUUGUACAAUGUAAUUCAGAUUCAACCAGGCAAACAUAUAUGCUGCGGAUGUUUGUUCAUAUUUGAAUCGCCUCAAGAGCUAGAAACCCAUCGAAGUAGGGUUCACAUCCGAAAAAGGGAAUCCAACCCAAAACCAACGACAAAAGUACCAUGCGAUGGCUGUCUACGUAAGUACAAGUCGAAGCGCCGCAUCAACUAUCACAAAGAGCGCGUUCGACAACUGGAGAUCAUAUGGGAGUGUAAUAAAUGUAAGAAUCGAUUCAGUGAAGCGACCCGUCGCCGGAAUCAUUCCAGGAAGCAUCCGUAUAAGAGAGGACCCACCACCAUAGUGGCUCCGAUCAAAGAAGCGAUCCAGCAAGAAUUAGGAUGGAUUUGUUGCGCACAGGCUUGCGGGCAGUCGUUCCCAACGGAAAAAGAGAUGGUCGACCACGCCCAUAAGGCCCAUCAGAUCAACAAGCAGGAAGCGGAUCUGGAAGACCACGAAGAAAAACCAGUGCAAUGUCAGGUCUGCUACCGACGGUUCACGGACAAAAGCGGACUGAUCAACCACCAGCAGCGGCUGUACAAGUUGCAGAAAUUCCAGUGUGCUCUGUGCGGAUUGCAGUUCAAUAGCGGAGCACGCCUCACGGAACACGAGCUGACCCAUCAGAACGAUAAGCCGUUCAAGUGCGACAUUUGCGAUAAGAAAUUUACGCAAAAGGGCAACCUCAAAACGCACAUGACGAUCCAUUCGGAUGAAAAGCCCUAUCAGUGUACCGCGUGUGGGAAAUCAUUCCGACAGAAAGGUGGCCUCAAGGCUCAUAUGUCCAAUCACGUGGAAAAUCCGCAGUUCAAGUGUGAGGUCUGUGCAAAAAUGUUCAAAGCGAAGUUGCAUCUGCGGUACCAUAUGCGAAUUCAUAAUGGCGAGAAAAAGUUCCCCUGCCGCUACUGCGAAAAAGCUUUCACUGACUUCACCAACCGGAUGCGGCACGAAAUGAGUCAUACUGGCAUCAAACCAUACAAAUGCUCCUACUGCGAAAAGUCCUUUAUCCGAAAGCGAUUCUUGCUGGAGCAUGAAAGCACUCACACCGGCAUCAAAAUGUACAACUGCUCAGUUUGUCGCCAGAGUUUUGGACAGAAGAGUUCCCUCAAAAAGCACAUGCAAACCAAUCAUCCUACAUUUGAGCCACUCGAUGAUGGUGGUGAGGGUAGUAGCAGCAGCUAUCAUCAACCAGUUUCUCCAACGGCUAGCAUCAACAGCAACAGCAGCUCGUUGCCCGCGCAACAGUUGCACCACGGCCAGCAUCGUAUGCCACCGCAAACGCAUCCGAUUCCGUUGACCAAUCAGCAGCACUUGCAGUUCAUGACGGCGUUCCAUCAGCCACAUUGAUAUUUGUGUAAUGGUAUGGUACAUCAUGUUCUAUUGGAUUAACCGCGAAUAAAUGCUAAUUUUUUUGGAAGGAUUAAAAGGGACAUAACAAUAAAUUAAAAUAAAAAAAACUGUGAGAGAUCCUAAUAAAGAA